CCUGCCCUGCCCUGCCCUGCCUAAGGGGCUGGGACGCCCCUAGAAUCUCUGCUGUAGACGUGGGUGUUGACACCCGGCUCCCCUCGAGAGCAAAGGCUGUGCAGAGGGCUCGGCUCUCAGCCCCCCAGCCUGGCCACCAUGGCGCGGCGGCUCCAGGAUGAGCUGGCUGCCUUCUUCUUCGAGUACGACACUCCUCGAAUGGUGCUCGUGCGCAACAAGAAGGUGGGCGUCGUCUUCCGCCUGAUCCAGCUGGUGGUUCUGGCCUACGUCAUUGGGUGGGUGUUUGUCUACGAGAAGGGCUACCAGACCUCAAGCGGCCUCAUCAGCAGCGUAUCUGUGAAACUCAAGGGUCUGGCUGUGACGCAGCUCCCAGACCUGGGUUCCCAGGUCUGGGACGUGGCUGACUACGUCUUCCCAGCCCAGGGAGACAGCUCCUUCGUGGUCAUGACCAAUUUCAUCGCGACCCCCCAGCAGGCUCAAGGCUACUGUGCAGAGCACCCAGAAGGAGGCACGUGCAGGGAUGACAGCGGCUGCACUCCAGGGAAGGCAGAAAGGAAGGCCCAAGGCAUCCGCACGGGCAAGUGUGUGGCCUUCAAUGACACCGUGCGGACGUGUGAGAUCUUCGGCUGGUGCCCCGUGGAGGUGGACGACAACGUCCCACGCCCUGCCCUUCUACGAGAGGCCGAGAACUUCACUCUCUUCAUCAAGAACAGCAUCAGCUUUCCACGCUUCAAGGUCAACAGGUGCAACCUGGUGGAGGAGGUGACCACUGCCUACAUGAAGACCUGCCUCUACCACAAGACCCUGCACCCGCUGUGUCCCAUCUUCAAGCUGGGCUACGUGGUACAAGAGUCAGGCCUGAAUUUCAGUAGCCUGGCCGAGAAGGGCGGGGUGGUAGGCAUCACCAUCGACUGGAACUGUGACCUGGACUGGCACGUGCAACACUGCAAACCCAUCUACGAGUUCCAUGGGCUGUAUGAGGAGAAAAAUCUGUCUCCAGGCUUCAAUUUCAGGUUUGCCAGGCACUUCGUGGAGAACGGGACCAACUAUCGGCACCUCUUCAAGGUGUUUGGGAUUCGCUUUGACAUCCUUGUGGAUGGCAAGGCUGGGAAGUUUGACAUCAUCCCCACAAUGACUACCAUCGGCUCUGGGAUUGGCAUCUUCGGAGUGGCCACGGUUCUCUGUGACCUGCUGCUGCUCCACAUCCUGCCCAAGAGGCACUACUACAAGCAGAAGAAGUUCAAGUACGCGGAGGACAUGGGGUCAGGGGCGGGCGAGCGUGACCCCGCGGUCACCAGCUCCACCCUGGGCCUGCAAGAGAACAUGAAGACAUCCUGACCUUCGGCCCCCGACUCCUGACUGG